CUUAUUUCCAAGAAUCGAAAGCCGCAUGUUUAAGAGUUUAACAAAGCUGAAAUGGAAGACACUCCCCUCCGCAUCCUUGUCAUGGUCUCGCGCGUAAAUGCUUUCUGGGGGAGUCUUGGUCUUCUCCUGAAGACCUACUCACAAAAGCUUUUUGCGAGGUGGUUAGCACAUGUCUUUCUUGUAUUUGAUAUUGCGAAUACCGACUACGAUCCUGAGAAGGGCCACCUAGCAGAUCAAAACAAUCUCCCUGUUGCAAUAGUUCGGUUUGGUAAACAUGUCCAAGUUUAUCGAGCAAGCCAGCCCACCCAAAAACAGGUGAAUAAUGAUAUUAGCCGAGCUCAUAACCUGAACGGCAUUGGCAGUAUCCCACCCUUCGUUGAAGAUCACGCCUCUGGAACUCCGCAUUAUCUAAAUCCACGCGAACCGCAACUGCUGCGACCUCAAGUUCACAGCCACUAUAUUUCGUAUGCUACCAAACACGCGUAUAUCGCGAAACCCUAAUAUGACUCUGGUGUAGGUAAACUGCACGGCGCGCAUAUCUCUAUUUGAGGUGUUAUGGUUGAAUUAUAG